AUGUUGGAGAAGCUGGCAAUGGUCGGGGAUGUGUUGCCCCCGCUUGUGCGAGCGGCGAGAGCUGGAAUGAAGCAGUCCCACAUGCAAGCAGUCUUGGAUUUUCUCGCAAAGGCACCCAGCGCUGGACGACUUUUCGCCAAGAAGCAGCUAUUAGAGGAUGAAAGUCACCGGCGUAGGGAUUGGAAAGCAGUCGCCGAUGAAUGGAAAAUGCGCAAAGACGACUUAUAUGAAGUGGUUGGCGGGCAUCGUGCUACAGUUGAAGCCGCAAUGAUCCUUGCGAAGACUGGCGGCGAUGGCCCUGGACUUGCGAAACCACCAGACUUGACAGAGUUUCUUGCGGAAGUGAUGCGUGUGCAGUUGCGAUGUCAUCGUUAUUAUAGUCGGCCAGACACUUGCGAUGCAUAUGUUUUAUCAAGAUAUAUGAGGACGUUGCACUCGAUGCACGAAUCCAUCACGAAGGAGCUGGAGGGGAUGAGUUCAGAAGACAAGAGUACAGCCUGUCGCAUGCUAUCAUUGCAGCUGUGUUUGCCUGCGAUCACCUUCAACAGCUCCUCUGGCUGUGCCUUGCACCCUCGGCACGGCCUUCCAUCUUGCGAACAGUGCCUGGCACUUGCCAAAGCAAGCUUCGAGAAGGAAGCGGGAGAAUCUGGCCGCUUGCCUUGGUUUCCCUGUCCUGCAGAAGCCGUUGGCAUCGCGACUGACCUGAAAAACAUGGCUCCACAGAUCAACUACUUGCUACAUCACAUGCGAAGCGAGAGUUGGGACCCGGACUUGAUCGCUCGAGAGAUCCUGUUUAAAGAGAAGAUCUUCUGCAAAAGCUUUUUCGAGAAGCUGCGGGGUUGCGAAGAUUGCACACAGGUCCUCAAACUCGCUCUGGUCGAGGAGGAGAAGCAGAAAUGCCAGGCG